GUGCUUGCCAAGUGCUGCCUCAGUGAGCUGUGGUGCCAAGAUGUGUGGGUGCAGCCGGGUUUGCUGUUGGGGUCAAAGCCGAUCAGUGGUAUACAUCUCACAGGCAGGUUCUUGGAGAAGCUCGUGGCCAUCAAGCUCAACAACAACGUGGAACUCACUGCAUUCGAUAGCAACAAGCCUAAGACAUCACAGGCCUGCUGGUUCAUCACCCGGAGAUGCAACUCCAGCGACAAAAUGUGGGCGGGGAAGGUGCUGGGCUUGUACCGCUAUAGGUCGCCAUUGAACAGGGAUAAGUUUGAUGUGGUGCUGGAGGUCGAAUGGCAUGCUCCCCUGCUGGGGAACAACAGUGAUGCCGAAGUUGCAGUCGACCAGUUCAUGAAUGUCCCCUUGGUGGACGCCAGGGCUGCCAGUGUGUCCAACACAGGCUCUCGUUACUACCUGGCUGAGGAUGUUGCGCCUUGCCGAGUGCACAUCUUGCCACACCCCAGUAAGCGGGGCGCCCUGUGUGUUCUGUCAAGAAGCUACAGCUUCAUGCGGGUGGCUGGCUGGGAGGCCCUGCAGCCGCAGACCCCAUGGGCGAGGUCACGGUAG